CUCCCGCGGCUGCAGGCGCGCGGCGAGAGUGCCUGGCGGGCUCCCGCUUCCGCGUCCGCCCCGGCCCCGGCCCCCGCUCCGGCCUCAGCACCGUGCCCCGCUCCGCCGCGGCCCACCGAGCCCCGCGGGCCGCCGAGCCGCCAGCGCCGGCCGCCGAGCUCCGUGCGCCCGGGCGGGGGGCCAUGCCGUGCCGGAGGGAGGAGGAAGAGGAAGCCGGCGAGGAAGCGGAGGGGGAGGCGGAGGAGGAGGACGACGACGACAGCUUCCUCCUGCUGGAGCAGUCGGUGACGCUGGGCGGCUCGGGCGAGGUGGACCUGCUGGUGGCCCAGAUCGGCGAGACGCUGCAGCUGGACGCGGCGCAGGACAGCCCGGCCUCCCCGUGCGCGCCCCCGGGGCCGCCGCUGCAGCCCCCGCGGCCCCCGGCGGCCGUGCGGGCGGACAAGGCCCGGCCCCCGGCGCUGCCGCUGCUUCUGCCGCCCGCGCCGGCCGAGGCUGUGGGCCCGGCGCCCCCGGGGGCCCUGCGCUGCGCCCUCGGGGACCGCGGCCGCGUGCGGGGCCGGGCUGCGCCCUACUUUGUGGCCGAGCUCGCCGCAGGCCCCAGCGCGCUGUCCCCACUGGCCCCUCAUCCCGGCCUUGAUGGGCCUUCGGGAACCAACAAGCAGGACACCCCGCAGCCGCUGUCGGGCCCGUGCCGGCGAGGUUGGCUGCGGGGCGCUGCCGCCUCCCGCCGCCUGCAGCAGCGACGAUGGCCCCCAACCGGGACGCGCGCCCGCGAAGACGACCCGCACCGGCUCCUGCAGCAGCUGGUGCUCUCGGGGAACCUCAUCAAGGAGGCGGUGCGGAGGCUUCAGCGAGCCGUCGCCGCCGUUGCAGCCACGAGUCCAGUGGGCGCAGCUGGGCCGGGAGGCGGCCGCGGCGGACCGGACCCUGUCGCCCUGCAGCCCUCUGGCGCUUUGCACUGACCCCGGGCCCCUCGAGGAGGAAGAGGACGCCGCUUCGCAGACCCAACAGCGUCCUGCCCUCACCAACCGUGAGCUGAAGCCGCCGUCGCGGUCCUGGGAGCGACCGCCCAAGCUGCGGAGAGGCGCGUGGGGAGAGACCUCAAGACGAGAAAGAACUUACGGCCCCAGCGAGGCUGUCGGAGAUCAAGAGCGCGGAGAAAUGCACGGGCCGGGGCCCAGAGGUGCCGCGUGAAAGUUUCCUCGGCCACCUCGGGGCCAAGGACCUGCGAUAAACAGAGAACUAUGGCAGCUACUUGCAUCGACUUGUACCUGACUUAACUCUUGGGGGCGUUGUGUGCUUCGAUUGUUUAAAGAUAGGGUUCCAAGGGGCAGGUAUCGCCUGGGCUUUAUUAACAAUACUUGAAAACUAAUGAUGCGCAAACAUUUUAUUUUCUGGUGAAGAACUUAGUGGAAAUGGUGCUACAUUUUGCCGUGCAAAGAAAUUCCAGAGGGAAGAGGAAUGGAAAAGCUUGGUGGUGUGUGGGUUGCCAUCACCCUCUUUUUCCCACCCAGUUGGUGUUCGGUGGAGGCGGGAGGUGUAAACUCCAGUUAGCGGGUUAGAGGGAGGUGGAGAAUUUUGAAGGUGGGUAGAUUUGGAGUUGAAUGUGGACUCUUAACUGACUUGACCUUGCCACCUGUGGUUCAAGGUCACAGUUUGCUCUCUGGCUGAAGGCUGUGGGGUUCCUGGAAGAGCUAAAUUCACCCCUAGGUCUUUUCUUUCUCUUGCUCCAACAAGAACCCUGUCUGUGCUUUGCUACCUUUUGGAGUCUCCCGAAGACACACAGAAAACAGAGAGGUUGGGCAAGUGGGGAGAGUUAUUUGUUUUUUUGUGCUUUCCUCUUUCCAGAACUCCUCCUCCUCCUCUUUCCCGGAGGCCACUCUUGGCCUAGCCAUGAGCUUUCUCAGAAAGUCGUAAACAGUGUUCCCUGUCCUCCCCGCCAGACUCACUUAUUCCGCCCUAUCUGGUGUGCGGUUGGGGUAGAUGAGACCCUGGCCGUUCUGGCCGUCUGGGGCGGUGGGCCUGAGCCUUCGUGGGUCCUCAUCCCUCAGUCUUCUCCUGUCACCGGCUCUUCUUGUGAGUGACUGAAACUGUUUAAAAUGUGACUCUCCGAGUGGAGAACCCGCUGGCUUUACCCUUGUGAAACUUGACGGCACUUUGAGGAAAGUGCCACCCCCCAACUUUAAGGUAGCUAAACAGAUUUUAAAAAUAGUUUCAAUGGCUUGUUCAUCCUCCAGAUGUAGCUAUUGACGUACACUUCGCACCGGAGUGUCUGAACUUGUGGUGGUCCUGAUUUAUAGGAUUUCUUAAUUAAAAUGUCUGCUGAAUAAAUUUGGUUUCUGUUUUGGA